UUAAAAUAUUUUAGAAUCUAAAUUUAUCACUCUCUCAAUUAAAAGAUGUCAUUGAUUCCGAUGUAGGAGAAUGGACACACGAUUGAUCGACUUGAAAAAAAACAAGGCAAAAAAAUAACACCGCCUAUUAUCCUUUUUUGAAAGACCACCGCCUAUUAUCUCACUCCCAAUUCCCGCCAAUUAUCUCAUUCCUCCCUAAUACCUCUGAUAUCUUCGCCGGCCGUGGAUGAGCUCUCUUGAUCUUGGCUGAGCUCUUCCGAACCUGAUUUCUUUUUCUGCUUCCGUCUCUCUUUUAUCUGCCCUAAAACCAGGGCAUCAUCCAACAUUUCGCAGAACUUUCGAUCUCGCUGCCAUCUGAAUUCGCGAUAAUUUAGAUGAAUUCGCCACAAUACGGCUCCUCUAGCAUUGAGGAAUUUGGCCGAUUUCUUGAGGGAGACCUGCAUGGUUCAUCGGAGUCCGAAGAUGAUACUGAAAAGCAAAAAGCGGAAGCGUCGUCGAAGGAGGCGUGUACUCACCCUGGUUCCUUUCAAGAUAUGUGUUAUGUGUGCGGGCUUCCCGUAAACGAGAAAGAUUUUGGGUACGAAGACAAGGGAUUGAUGCUUAAAAAUGAGGAACUUGAGAGAGUGAAGAAAUUAGGCAUUAAGAAAUUGCUGCACCGCAAGAAGCUUCACUUACUAGUUGAUCUAGAUCACACACUCCUUCAUUCCGCCGAUUCAGGAGAGGACUGCUUGCAGAGCCAAACAGAUGGUCCCCAAGAUGAAUGCAAAGCGUUGAGGCCCUCUGUUAGGUCCUUCUUAAGGGAUGCCAGCUACAUGUACGAGAUGUACAUGUACACAGAUGGUGAACGAUCGGAUGCGCUCGAAAAGGCUAAUUUACUUGAUCCGUCAAAGGAGCAUUUCGGUGAUAGGGUGAUCUCACGUGACGAUGGUGCCCAAAAACAUCAAGAAGGCCUAGAUAUUGUGCUUGGACACGAUAAUGCAGCUGUGAUCCUUGCCAAUACAGAGAAUGGAUGGACAAAUCAUUGGCAAAAUUUGAUACUGGUUGAAAGGUACGGGCCUGAUGAAACCAAGUCCGAGGGAGCUCUCGCAACGGUUCUAGAAGCUCUCAAGGAAAUUCACAGAAUGUUUUUUCAUGAACCGGAGGGCGAUGUGAAAAUGGUUAUCAAAACAUUGAAAGCCGAGGUGUUGAAGGGGCAACACCAGAUCGUCUUCAAAGAGUUUUUUACUUCAGAAGUUCCCCAGGCUUGGAAGGUGACAGAAAAUCUGGGAUCGUGCUAUGGUGUACGGAGGAGAUCAGUACGUUUCGUGCUCGAUCUUUUCAGCCUACUGACAAGAUCGUCUGCAGAUGAAGAUAUCAGAAGCGUUAUCUCCUGGGGAGGAGAUAACGCUUCGUUCAUUAUUCAUAACUUCCCCAACUUGCACAAGCUUGUGCAAAAGUUGCAUGGACGAAAUCGAACUCAAUGGCUGAAGGAUUUGAAUGACUAUGGGUUUUACCGGGAGCAGAAAAGAACUUUUAGGCACAGACAAGGGCUACUCCAAAGGGAGCGGCCGGAUUUGAUUCCAGAGAUUCGUUACUGCGGUCAGCCAGGGAAGAAGAGGGUGACGGCAUAGAGGUCGAAUUGUUUGAGUUUCGGUAUCUGUUUGAUGUUUCUAGGUUGGUUCAGGUUCCGUAUAAAACUAUUGUUCUGUAAUUUCAUGCUAGCCUCGGUGCACUCUCCGGAUCAGUUGCUUAGACAGUCUCUGAUUAGCCACAUGACACGUGGGGAUACCUUUUUUGCUGUACAUAAUCUGAAUAUCAAUCACUACUACAAACCUGCUUUUACACAUAA